AUGAUGAGACCGAAUUCUGCCACGCUAACCCCGGGCCGACUAGGUUGCUUUGCCGGCCUGUGUGGAAAAUCCCUGACCAUGCCGCGAAAACGUGCCCGAACGUCGCCUUCGCCGGACAAGACACGUCCUCCCACUCCACUACAUGAGCAAAAUGAACAAAAUGAACAAUCCGCAACAAGCUCUGGCUAUUGUUACAUGAAGAAGCUUACUCCGCGCGAGAGAGUUGAUAUGAUUUUAGCAUACAUGCGGGAACAUCACCGGUGGUCUAUCAAAGACCUUAUUUAUCACAUGGUGCUGGCUCCCUCUUCGAAAAUGAACGCCCAUUCAGAAACAAGGCGCGCAAAACUGGUGUCGCAAGCCAUAUACGGGCAACCGGAAGUGGUGAAGCAACUAGCUAGUGUUUCAAAGGACAUCUAUACCAUUGGCGCGUCUGAUCAAGUUUCUCGGCUACAAUCUGAGCUUAAAGAGCUUGGCCGCAGAAACAUACUGGGCGAGUUUGAACCGGAUGCUGAUCCUGCACAUAUGGAUAUUCCUAACCUCGCUACACGAGCUCAGGCUAAAGCUCCAGAGCUAUGGGGUCUCCUUGUCAGCAUCAUGACUCCACCUAAAAGCUCUCGUGAUACAUCUACUGUAUAUCAGGGCAGUAUUUUCACUAUCCUUUCAAUUCUCGCAUCAGCCUUUGCACCGCGGAAAAGCAACAACAUCCCAACGCUGAUCGGUCUGUAUUUACUUGCAAUGGGAGUCAAGCGACGCGUUAUUACCUUCCUGGCUGGCCUGGGGAUAAAUUCAGCCUAUCAGACUAUCAUGGACCGACAGAAGGAACUCCCAGACUCAAAACAGCUGGAGAUGCGAUUGAACAAGGAUAUCCGAUCAAUCUUUCCCCCAGAAAUCUUUGCCCCAAUGAGCCACAAGAUGAGCCACAAGAUCAGCCACACGAUCAGCUUCGUGCACAACAGCCAGAACCAGCCAGUCUCACAAACCUAG